AUGUUCUCAUACAAGCCAAAACCGCAUUCACCGCUGAGUCUCAUGGCCCAAAAGCGGUUGAUAGUAUCACCACCACACUCUUCUUCUCCAGCUCCAGCUUCAGCUUCAGCUUCGGCAACCACCCAUUCAUACAAUGCAAUCAUCAACCGCCAUUCAACCCAAGGCUCUCACCGCCAAGUUCUCAUCACCUACACAUCCAUGCUCAACGCACACGUCCCUUCUGAUGCCUACACCUUCCCCAGUCUUCUCAAAGCAUGCUCCUCUCUUAACCUCUUUCUCCCCGGCAUUUCACUCCAUCAACGCAUUAUAGUUAAUGGGUUAUCAACGGAUUCAUACAUUGCCUCUUCUUUGAUCAAUUUCUAUGUUAAAUUCGGGUUUUCUCAAGUUGCUCGUAAAGUGUUUGACUUUAUGCCUGAGAGAAAUGUUGUACCUUGGACUACCGUUAUUGGGUGUUGUUCUCGUAUGGCUGAUGUUCAUGAGGCCUUUUCUUUGUUUCACCAAAUGCGUUACCAAGGAAUUCAACCGAGUAGCGUUACUUUGUUGAGUUUGUUGUUUGGAGUUUCGGAGAUUUCUCAUGUGCAGUGUUUGCAUGGUUGUGCAACUUGUUAUGGGUUUAUGUCAGAUUUGAACUUAUCAAACUCUAUGCUGAAUGUGUAUGGGAAAUGUGGAAGCAUUGGAGAUUGUAGGAAGUUGUUUGAUUUUAUUGAUCAAAGAGACAUUGUUUCAUGGAAUUCUUUGUUAUCUGCCUAUGCUCAAAUUGGGGAUUUAUGUGAAGUUUUGCUGCUUCUCAAGACAAUGAAGGUCCAAGGUUUUGAGCCUGGUUUACAGACUUUUGGGUCUGUGUUGUCUGUGGCUGCGUCAAGAGGUGAUAUGAGAUUAGGUAGGUUAGUUCAUGGCCAGAUUUUAAGAGCUGGUUUUGACUUAGAUGCACAUGUUGAAACAUCAUUGAUUGUAAUGUACUUAAAAGGUGGAAACAUUGAUGUUGCGUUUAGAAUGUUUGAGACGAGUUUAGAUAAGGAUGUAGUUUUGUGGACAGCAAUGAUCUCAGGCCUUGUGCAGAAUGAGAAUGCAGACAAAGCACUUGCAGUUUUCCAUCAGAUGUUGAAAUUUGGGAUGAAGCCGUCUACUGAGACUAUGGCCAGUAUGAUUACAGCUUGCGCACAAAUGGGUUCUUAUAAUAUUGGUACAUCUAUUCAUGGUUAUAUAUUAAGGCGAGAAUUGUCAUUGGAUACUGCUGCUCAUAACUCUCUUGUUACCAUGUAUGCAAAAUGUGGCCACUUGGAUCAGAGUUCUAUUGUAUUAGGUAAGAUGAGCAAAAGGGAUUUAGUUUCAUGGAAUGCCAUAGUUGCGGGAUAUGCUCAAAAUGGCUAUGUUUAUAAGGCAUUUUCUCUUUUUAAUGAAAUGAGGUCUAGUCGUCAAACACCCGAUUCAAUAACCAUUGUUUCCCUUCUUCAAGGGUGUGCGUCCACGGGGCAACUACACCCUGGAAAAUGGAUCCACGGGUUUGUAAUAAGAAAUGGUCUUAGGCCUUGCAUCUUGGUUGAUACUUCUUUGGUAGAUAUGUACUGUAAGUGUGGUGAUUUGGACACUGCCCAGAGGUGUUUUAACCAAAUGCAAAAUCAUGAUUUGGUCUCAUGGAGUGCCAUAAUUUCAGGAUAUGGCUAUCACGGUAGAGGGGAAACUGCAUUGAGGUUAUACUCAAAGUUUCUAGAAAGUAGGAUUAAACCCAACCAUGUGAUUUUCCUCUCAGUUUUAUCUUCUUGUAGUCAUAAUGGACUUAUAGAUCAAGGCUUGAACAUAUACGAAUCUAUGACUAGAGAUUUUGGGAUUGCACCAAAUCUCGAACACCAUGCUUGUGUGGUAGAUCUCCUCUGCCGUGCUGGAAAAGUAGAGGAGGCGUAUAACUUGUACACGAAAAUGUUCUCUGAUCCUGUACUCGGUGUGUUGGGCAUAAUCCUCGACGCUUGUCGAGCAAAUGGUAAUGAUGAACUUGGUGAUACAAUUGCGAAUGAUAUUCUCAAGCUGAGGCCUAUGAGUGCUGGAAAUUAUGUACAACUAGCACACUGCUAUGCUUCAACUAAGAAAUGGGAAGGUGUGGGUGAGGUUUGGACUCAUAUGAGGUCUCUUGGCUUAAGAAAAAUUCCUGGCUGGAGCUUUAUUGACAUACAUGGGAUCAUCACUACUUUUUUCACCGAUCAUAACUCACACCCUCAGUUUCUAGAAAUAGUGGACACCAUGAAAAUCUUGAGAAAGGAAAUGAACAAAAUGGAGGAAGUGGACAUUAACUUUGAAAGCAAAAAUACCCAUCAUUAUAACAUAUGUGAUGAAAAGUUAUUAUGA